GCAGGGGUGGGGGAACAAUCUUGGAGGCCCACCCAAGCCCGGCCUCCCGGAGCCUCCCCCAGAGUUUGGGAACGUCCCAGUCUCGUUCCCUCUCGACGCCCCCGGAGUCAAGACGUGAAGGGAGUGCCAAGGCGGCCGGGGGCGGCGAGCGGGGCCGCGGGCGCGCACCGACUCAGCCGACUGUCAGCCUCGGCGGGCCGGAGUUCUCCGGCGCUGAGACAGGGGCGCUAGGGGCGAGCCCUGGCGGGGGCCGGGUCCGAGGACCCUGGGCGCGGCGGCCCCGCCAGGAGGUCCGGCCGCGAGCGUGACCUCACGGGGAGGGGCCAGCGCGGCGGCCUGGGCGCUGAGCCGAGCGCCGGGAGAGCAGCGCCGAAGCCGAGCCGCGAGGAGCGCACUCCGUGGCCCCAAUGGAGCGGUACAAAGCACAGGGGUGUUGCUGUCUGGUGGUACAGAGAAGGAUCCGGCAGGUUUCUGCGUCCCUGGAACAGCUGCUGACAGAGUUGGAUGACUUCCUCAAGAUUCUUGACCAGGAGAACCUGAGCAGCACAGCACUGGUGAAGAAGAGCUGCCUGGCAGAGCUCCUCCGGCUUUACACCAAAAGCAGCAGCUCUGAUGAGGAGUACAUUUAUAUGAACAAAGUGACCAUCAACAAGCAACAGAAUGCAGAGUCUCAAGGCAAAGCGCCUGAGGAGCAGGGCCUGCUGCCCAAUGGGGAGCCCAGCCAGCACUCCUCGGCCCCUCAGAAGAGCCUUCCAGACCUCCCGCCACCCAAGAUGAUUCCAGAACGGAAACAGCUUGCCAUCCCAAAGACGGAGUCUCCAGAGGGCUACUAUGAAGAGGCUGAGCCAUAUGACACAUCCCUCAAUGGUCACUCUGGCGGAUUUCUCCCCACUGGAGUCCCCAGAUGGGUGCAGGUGCCUGAAGGAGUCAUUUAUGCCACGAUCACCUUGGAGGACGGAGAGGCUGUGAGCAGCUCCUACGAGUCCUACGAUGAAGAGGACGGCAGCAAGGGCAAGUCGGCCCCUUACCAGUGGCCCUCGCCGGAGGCCGGCAUCGAGCUGAUGCGUGACGCCCGCAUCUGCGCCUUCCUGUGGCGCAAGAAGUGGCUGGGACAGUGGGCCAAGCAGCUCUGUGUCAUCAAGGACAACAGGCUUCUGUGCUACAAAUCCUCCAAGGACCACAGCCCUCAGCUGGACGUGAACCUACUGGGCAGCAGCGUCAUUCACAAGGAGAAGCAAGUGCGGAAGAAGGAGCACAAGCUGAAGAUCACGCCGAUGAAUGCCGACGUGAUUGUGCUGGGCCUGCAGAGCAAGGACCAGGCUGAGCAGUGGCUCAGGGUCAUCCAGGAAGUGAGCGGCCUGCCUUCCGAAGGAGCAUCUGAAGGAAACCAGUACACCCCGGAUGCCCAGCGCUUUAACUGCCAGAAGCCAGAUAUAGCUGAGAAGUACCUGUCAGCUUCAGAGUAUGGGAGCUCCGUGGAUGGCCACCCUGAGGUCCCAGAAACCAAAGACGUCAAGAAGAAAUGUUCUGCUGGCCUCAAACUGAGCAACCUAAUGAAUCUGGGCAGGAAGAAAUCCACCUCACUGGAGCCUGUGGAGAGGUCCCUCGAGACAUCCAGUUACCUGAACGUGCUGGUGAACAGCCAGUGGAAGUCUCGCUGGUGCUCUGUCAGGGACAAUCACCUGCACUUCUACCAGGACCGGAACCGGAGCAAGGUGGCCCAGCAACCCCUCAGCCUGGUGGGCUGCGAGGUGGUCCCAGACCCCAGCCCUGACCACCUCUACUCCUUCCGCAUCCUCCACAAGGGCGAGGAGCUGGCCAAGCUUGAGGCCAAGUCUUCCGAGGAAAUGGGCCACUGGCUGGGUCUCCUGCUCUCUGAGUCAGGCUCCAAGACAGACCCAGAAGAGUUCACCUACGACUAUGUGGAUGCCGAUAGGGUCUCCUGUAUUGUGAGUGCGGCCAAAAACUCUCUCUUACUGAUGCAGAGAAAGUUCUCAGAGCCCAACACUUACAUCGAUGGCCUGCCUAGCCAGGACCGCCAGGAGGAGCUGUAUGAUGACGUGGAACUGUCGGAGCUCACAGCUGCGGUGGAGCCUACCGAGGAAGCCACCCCUGUUGCAGAUGACCCAAAUGAGAGAGAAUCUGACCGAGUGUACCUGGACCUCACACCUGUCAAGUCCUUUCUGCACGGCCCCAGCAGUGCACAGGCCCAGGCCUCCUCCCCGACGUUGUCCCGCCUGGACAAUGCAACUGAGGCCCUCCCUGCAGACCCAGGCCCAGGUCCCACCCCAGAUGAGCCCUGCAUAAAGUGUCCAGAGAACCUGGGAGAACAGCAGCUGGAGAGUUUGGAGCCAGAGGAUCCUUCCCUGAGAAUCACCACCGUCAAAAUCCAGAUGGAACAGCAGAGAAUCUCCUUCCCACCGAGCUGCCCGGAUGCCAUGGUGGCCACCCCACCUGGUGCCAGCCCACCUGUGAAGGACAGGUUGCGCGUGACCAGUGCAGAGAUCAAGCUUGGCAAGAAUCGGACAGAAGCUGAGGUGAAGCGGUACACAGAGGAGAAGGAGAGGCUUGAAAAGAAGAAGGAAGAAAUCCGGGGGCACCUGGCUCAGCUCCGGAAAGAGAAACGGGAGCUAAAGGAAACCCUACUGAAAUGCACAGACAAGGAAGUCCUGGCCAGCCUGGAGCAGAAGCUGAAGGAAAUUGACGAGGAGUGCCGGGGCGAGGAGAGCAGGCGCGUGGACCUGGAGCUCAGCAUCAUGGAGGUGAAGGACAACCUGAAGAAGGCUGAGGCAGGGCCUGUGACGUUAGGCACCACCGUGGACACCACCCACCUGGAGAACGUGAGCCCCCGCCCCAAAGCUGUCACACCUGCCUCUGCCCCAGACUGUACCCCAGUCAACUCUGCAACCACACUCAAGAACAGGCCUCUCUCGGUCAUGGUCACAGGCAAAGGCACUGUACUCCAGAAAGCCAAGGUAAGCAGUCACUCCCAGCCUCCCUUGGGGCCAGCAGAAAUGUCACUAAGGUAGGGGCCCAUCUUCUGACCCAGGUGGUGCUUUUGGCACCAGCUCUGAGCAAGGGCUCGGCACUCACCAAGGAGUGGCCAUGCCUUCAGCUCAGUCUCUGGCACUGACCAACCAGAAAGGUGCCUGCACUUGGUUUGAGCAUCCUUCCCCAUGAGCUUGGGGAUGCUUCAGUUCUUGCCCUCCACACAGUUAUGGGUAGAUUCCAGGGGGCCAGCUGCAGCUCAGGGACAGAUUAUGACUGAGUUUUCAAAUGAAAAAGUCAGUCAGUGACUCCACAGGACUUCUACCAUUAAAACUAAAGAAACAGACUCACAUAGGUGGUUUGAAUUGUCCAAAGUUGCCCACCCAACUAGUGGCAAAAUUCUCAGCAAGUUGUGAAUGAGGAAUCCAUGCUAUGAUGCGGUUUCUCCCUGAUGGCUAGUCAAAAAAGUAUCAUUAAUCAUUUACUCAUUUACUCAUUUGUACACUAAAGAACAUGUCUAGGGCUGCCUUUGCUUUUGGCAAAUUCUGCUCUUUAUUCCUAUCCUCCUUACCUGCUGGAGAUAUUUGGAGGUCCCACAACAAUGGCUAACCAAUAAAUCCAUGCAAGCAUUUGAACCUCCACUCCCUUGUUGCUGUGAGAGACAUCACUUAUAGACACUUGCUGUUGUGCCACAGUCUCAAAAUCUCUGAAUAGGCACUCUAAGCAGUGAUGAACACACAGGGUUUGAAACAUUUAUCACCUCUAUGCCUAAAAUAGUUUUUCUCACAUUUUUUCUAUGUAUAUCAAGGUUGCUACAGUGGAUAACUAACUAUCUUUUUGGUGGGGGGUGGGUGCUGGUAUUUGAAUGGUACCCUAGGAAUGGGAGAAGAAAGGAGCAAGUUAGAAAACAAGCUUCAUCUAAAGACUCUCAUGUCAGUGUGGACCUUGGUGACAAUCCUGCUUUGUUAAAGCAAAAACUCUGUGAAAGGGUGAGUCUGUUUAGAAGAAAAAGCAAAGACUGAGGUACUGUGAAUGGAGAGCUUCAGCUAAGAGGAGGCUCUGUCCCUUUUCAGAGCCAAAGGAAAUAAUACAACAAAAAGGAGGCUUCUUUGGAGACCUAAGUCUAUUGGAUGUAAACAAGAUGUUGUAUUUAGGGAUGUUCUGUGUUUCUUUCUUUUUUGAAGUUGUCAUCAAUUGCUUUACUAAGAUUUUUAAAUAGUGAAAACCUCGUGUUUAGACUUUGGUGGAAGAUGGACGCAGGGCCCUGUCUUAUGGGUCACGUGGCUUUGGUGAGUGAGAAGACCUAAACUCCUGGCCAUCAUCUCUUAUCCAAUACUUAGCAGUUGGGGAUUAAACCAUCCUUGCCUUCAGUUCUCUCCAAUAUUACUAGGCCCAACUCAGUCUUCAGUGAUUUUAAACAGUAUUGACAUCAUCUGUAAAACCAUCUAUGACAUGAGUUUUGAGUAAAACCAUCUAUGACAUGAGUUUUAAGAAACAAUAAUGGGGGAAAAUAUUUGGGACCAAGCUGAAGCACUGAUCCUGCUAAGUUAAAGACUUCUUUCCAGUCCAAGGCAGGCCUGAAUCAACUGUCUUUAAAUCAACUGUCUUUAAAUAAAAUUUUAAGUGAUGCUGUAUUAUAUAUAGGAAAAAAUGCUUAAAAUCCUGUCAUUUAGAACAGUGAAAAGUAUCUUUUGAGAUUAAACUGACUCUUUACUGUAGGGAAAAAAAAUUACUCUGUGUUUACAGAUUCAUUGCUGUGGUCGGGCCAUUUUUAAGGGAAGAGUUAUUUAAUAUAAAUAGUCCCUGAUUUUAAGUUCUGUUUAAUGUUCAUUCCCCUUCCAAGAACAAAGUGGUGAUUUUUGGUUAGGGUGAUCACCCUCUUAAAAUUGGCAGUGCUGUUCCUUGUGCUGCCCCUGUCUUUUCCUCUGAUGGCAUUUUUUUUUUUUUUUAACACAGGUUGAAACAUUUCAUCUAUUAUCUCUGCCUCAUUUCUGGAGGGUUGUGUAUCAGUUCUCUAACACUUGUUCCUGAGAACUAAAGGUCUUUUUUAUUCUUAUUUCCUCUCUCAUAAACAUUUGGUGACCUUUUACCAAGUGGUGAGUUAGGUUUUUUAAAAUAAAAUGUUCAUUGUAUUUGAAGUUUUCCUCGUAGUUCAUGAAAUGACUUGGGGCAGGGCCUGGGGGGUUCUCAAGGGAGGAAAUGUUUUGGUUAUUUACACACUGAACUACAAGAUGGGAUCCUAGCAGGAAACUCAGCCUCCUUGAAUCAAAGAGCAUAGAUAAGGCUGAAAGCAAAUUUUAGUUGUACAGUUAACAACAUACCAAAGACACAGGAAACAUCUGCAGAAAUUGAUCAUAUAUAAGUGAAUGAAAAAUCAGUACUCCUCC